AUGAGGAAAGGGAUCGCAGUCGCAGACUCGGCGAGCAAUGACGCCGGCCGCGUAAAGCCCAAUAAAUCCGAAAAGACACGACGUUCAUGGUCACUAAGGGAGGAGGAACAGUUGAUUGCCGCAUUGAAGGAAAUAGUAGUUAAUGGAUGGAGAUCAGAUAAUGGCUUUAGAGCGGGUUAUCUUGCGAAACUUGAAGAAGCCAUGAAGAUUGCAUUUCCAGGGACUGAUCUCCAGGGUAUCCCACAUAUUCACUCAAAAAUCUCCAUGUGGAAGAGGAACUAUUACUCAUUGUCACUGAUGUUGAGGGAUAGCGGUAUUGGCUUUAAUGUCGAUGGAAAGUUUAUGAUUGAUUGCACUCUCGAACAAUGGGAUGAUAUUGUAAAGCGUGAUCCUUCUGCACGUGGGAUGAAAAAAAAAAGUUGGCCUCAUUUGGAAGAGUGGAAGGAGAUAUUUGGAAAGGAUCGAGCAACUGGGACAACAGCAGAAGAUGUUACUGAUGCAGUAGAUGAAAUGAGGAACAUUGUUGAAGACGACGAGAAUGAUGGAGCGUAUGGUGAUUAUGUUCCUGUGUUUACUGCCGAUACAGAGACCGAGGGCCCCGCUGACAGUGUGUGUCAACCCGAGAAGGCAGAACGUGCUCCACGAGUCUCGGGUAAGAAGAGAAAAGCAAACGACGACGAUGAGAAAUGGUUCAAUCUGUUCAAAUAG